GCCAGACACUAAGUUUUACUACCCCGCAAAAAGAAAAAGAAAUAAAUUGGUUUCUUACAAAAAUGACAACAGAUCUUUCAAAAUACCGAAAGUUUAUUCAAAAUUUUACAGGUUACUAUACUUGAGUAAGCUCGUAGCGGUCAUAGUGUGAAAAACUGAACGGCCACAAUGAAAAACUGAACGGCCAAAAUGGGAUCGGCCGGGAGUAAUAAGGGUUCAAGAUAAUGACAUUAUAAUGGCUCAGAGGAAGAGGUUGCCCACUCUUGGCGAGUUUCAAAGAUAUAACUUUUACUGUUAAAGAAGCUAUGAUGAUGGUACAAAAUAUUGUUCAAAGUCCAGAUCGAGAGGGCCAGGAGAUCGAUCGAGAGGCAAUAAGGAACGUCUCGCAAAGGAUUCUGGGUGUAUUCGUCAGAACAUGGCGUCUUCAAGCAACCAAGAAGAAGCAGCUAGAGAGGUGUCAACAGACGAAACAGCAUUGGAAUCCAGUGCAGAGACAGAAGGAACAUCAGAUCUGUCAUCUGUUAAAACUGCGUCAAACACAGGACAACAGCAAGUAUUACAGCAAGGACCACAAGCACAGCAGGGUUCUGAUGCAGAUGGCUCAGCUGUCACAGCAGAUCAGCAGGAUAAUAACCAAGUUGUUUCAGCAACAGAGGUGGAGCCUCAAGAAGUUGCAACAUCAGGGAAUGACACUGAUGCACAGCAGCCUCAAACCUUGUAUGUUGCAAUUCAGCCAGGUGCCAACAUGGAGUCUGGGCAGGGAGACCAACCAGCAGUGUACCUGGAGGUAGUGGAGGCAGGGAGUGGUACUGAGGUGACUUCCAGUGAUGGGCAGGUUAGCCUGGUUCAGGAGGAGAUGGUUAUCGAUAAUGCAUCUUCCACUGAGGUUACGACAAUACCUACAUCAGUUCUGUCUCAAGUUAUGGACCAGGCCACACUCUCCACCAUGCAGGCUGAAAUGAUAGCAGUUCAAGUUCUUUCCCAGUCUGCCACAGGUGACAUACAGUACCUUCAGCACCAGUCUCCUGCUCGGUUCAUUCCGAUUGUCACAUCAGCAGAUCCCAGCACUCUUAACUCACUUCAGGCUACUCUUAGUCAAAUGCCACUUGCUACCUUACAGAUAAGUCCCUCACAACCAGGAGCAACAAGCCAAACAAUCCAGCUUCCUGGUGGCCAAACCAUUCAAGUGCCAUUAAGUGUCACUCAGAUGUCAGCUUUGGCAACAUCACAAACAGACACAGGGGUAUCGACUGGUUCCACUACCUUAACAACCAACACAGAGGCUAUUAUUGCUGCUGCCACCAGUGCAGAGGCAGCUGCUGCUGUAGCUCAAGAGCAGGGAGCCACUCUUGUCACUGUUCAUCCUGCUGUGAUAGAGACGCCAGUGGAUGGGGCAGAAGGUGGAAAUGAAGGAGACGAGAACGAGGGUGAUGAGGAUGGCAAACCCAAAUACACCUGUGAAAUAUGUGGGAAAUCUUACAUUCGCUCAUGGUCAUAUUACGGACAUAUGAGAGAACAUGCCUCUGGUGAGAAGCAGCACAAAUGUGAUGUGUGCGGCAAGAUCUUCAACUAUGCCAGCAACCUGCGUCAGCACAUGCUCAUUCAUACAGGUGAGAAGCCAUAUGAGUGUGAGUACUGUGACAAAGCAUUUAACAACCCCAGUUCUCUGCGAUCCCAUGUUCUGUCACAUUCAGAGGACAGACCUUACAUCUGUGAUCACGAAGCUUGUGGCAAGGCAUUUAACAACCCGGGAUCACUACGGGUUCAUCGCCGAGUUCAUCAGGAAGAGAAGCCCCACAAGUGUGAGGUGGAAGGCUGUGACAAGGCUUUCAAGACACCUGCAGAGCUGUCACGUCAUGCGUUCAGGCACACUGGGGAAAAGCCUCACAAAUGCGAUCAAUGUGAGAAAGCCUUUAUCCGCUAUGACGAUCUCAAACGACAUUACCGUAUUCACACAGGGGAGAAACCUUUCAAAUGUGAUCAAUGUGACUUUGCCUGCAUCCAGUCGUUUGACCUCGUGAAGCACAAGUUCACCCACAGCGGUGACAAGCCUUACAAGUGCGAUAUGUGUCCAAAGCAGUUCACUCGACCAGCUCGACUGAGGGAUCAUAUAAGGACCCACACUGGAGAAAAGCCCUACGUCUGUGAUGUGUGUGGUAAAGGCUUUGCUAUUCAGACUGGGCUCAAGUCUCAUCAGGCAGUGCAUACUGGAGACAAACCCUUCAAAUGUGAUGAGUGCGACAAGACAUUCCGUACCCAGCUCGAGCUACAGUCUCACAUGGGACGACACACUGGAGUGAAGCCGUUCAAAUGUGACCUCUGUGAUAAGGAGUUCAUAUCCACUAUCACAUUCAAGCGUCAUGCCAUUGUGCAUUCUGGGGAGAAGCCGUUUGAGUGUAAUGAGUGUGGAAGGCGCUUUGCUCGGUCUACCGAUCUCAAAGUUCACUUGCCAGUGCACAGCGAGGACAAGCCGUACAAGUGUGGCGAGUGUGAGAAGAUGUUCACUCGCUUUAGCACACUGAAGGAACACAUCCGAACCCACACAGGUGAGCGGCCUUUUAAAUGCGAGCAGUGUGGCCGCGAGUUCAACCACAGGAGCCAUUUUAACAACCAUCUCAGGAUCCACACUGGCGAGAAGCCCUUCAAGUGCGAGAUCUGCGAGAAGGACUUUUCUCGCAAGGCCUCUCUCCGCUAUCACAUGAAGGUACAUAACAAGGGUGACGGACAGGUCAGGAUCCGCACCAAAAAGGACGAGCAGUCUGACACUGAAAUCUUGGAUGAACGAUCACAUGGGGCUACAUGUACGUCUGUAGUGCAGACUUUGUCGGAGCAGACCAUGUCCACAGUGAACAUCAGUCACCUGGGGACUGAGGCUGAGGUACAGUUAGCCGAGGCUUUAGUAGCUGUCAGUGAAGCGGUGGUAGCAGCUGCCGCCGAGGGAGAUGACACCCCACGUGUUGUGGCUGUGGAAGAAACUACUCACAGUGAAGAUGACGCUGUUAUGCAGCAGCACUUGCAAGACAGCCAUACGGUUCGAGCCUCCAUGUUGGUGGACCCUGUCACCCAAGCUGCAGUCAGUGCCGGUAUCUCUGCCAGCGACGUGGCCCAGUCGGUGGUGGAGACGGUGGUGAGCACCACCAUGCCACAAGUAGUGGACAUACCCACCUCGGGUGCUGAGGUGCCCGUCGGAGAGGCUGUAGGCAUCCAACCGGGGCAUGUGCACAUCAUGGAGGUGACCGAUGGCACGACUGUUACCAGCGCUGAUGUACAGGCCGCGAUCGGCGAAGCCAUGCAGACUGGCCACGUGACGGUGGAGGCUUCUGACACCCUGGGCAUUACCGUACCAGCCGAAAUCCUGGCCGCCAUGGCUGCCGCGCAGUCACACCCUCACCUGUUGAUAGCUACCGCUGAUCAGCAGCUCAUACAGACUCAAAUGGCUGCUGCCGCUGUCACCGCUGGCGAACAGCAAGUACUGGAGGCUCAAACUGCACUCCACGCUACAAACAGUAUUACCCAGGCCUCGGCGGACCCUUCCCACUUGGGAAGUGAAGUAGAGACGAGUGCUCCUGGUGAACAGCAGCUGGAACAACCUAUGGAAACGGAUUAGUUUAUCUCUAGAUAUUAGAAAGUUUUAGAGUGUUUUCUUAACCAGAGUGUGCAGAUUGCGUGCAAACUGUACAAUAUGCUUGUACAGAAUGCGAUUGAAACGCAGAAUGUCAUGCUCGGUGCUCACUCGGCCGUCGUGGCACCCUCUCAGCACCUUACUUUGUUAGCUGAGAAGUUCCCGAUGCAAAGCUUCAAUUUGAAAAACAGAACAUCUUGAAUUAGUAUUAGUGUGUUUAGUCUCUGAUUUGUAUACUUACUGCUUUACGCUUCUAAUUUACGUUGUUUGAUUUUUGCAAUCAUUUACUUUAAAUUAGUUAUUGUGUACUUAAGUAAUUAGUUUGUGACAUUAUACUGCGUACCCCAUAAGCAUUAAUAUUAAAUUAGCAUCAAGGCCAGCUUGUGUGUAAGGUUGAAGGAUGUUAACAUGCUUUGAUAAGCAGGUGCAGUGUCAUACAGUGCGUCUUAGUAAUUCCACCAACGCCAUCCAAUAAAAUUCUGGGUUUAAAAAUUGAACAACAGUGUUUGAGCGUGUGAAAACUAUAAAAAUGAUCGCAAAUUUUUCGAAUCUGUAGUUUUGAGGUUUUUCAUAAGAAUCAUCGCCCAAGAUUUUGCUCAUUUUGCUCGCGUGGCGCAUGUAUAGUACCUUUACAUUUAAAAAUUGGAGAAUUUUGCUUAACUGAUGUAUCUCUCGCUUACAAUACAUUUUAAGAAGCUGCAGUCCAUGUAAGGAAUUAGUAUAACAUAGCGAUGACUUUUUAGCUUUUGUGUAGUUUUGGGAAGGAAAUUAUUUGUGUGAACAUUACAUUACAAACUUUUUGCCAGUCGUCAUGUAAAAUCUAACUUCGUUUAAGGAAAACGUUUUAAGGAGUCUCCCCUUACAGUUGAAGGAAAACUUUCUAUUGUGUUAUCAGCUACCGGUUUAGACUUUGUGUCUGGGCGAAGUCAUAAUUGUGUGAAUGAAAUCCUUAAUCAAGUCAAAAUACUUUGUAACUGAAAUGGUGCUUUUGCAAAGCCAAUUUCAUUUUUGCGCGAAUGUAUGAAAUAAACAUCCUAUUUGACGACA